AUGAUGAAUAAUAACCACGCACAUAUGAAUGGGAAUAGUACUGCACAUGUGAAGGUGCGACCUGCUUCGCAUGCUGGAUCAUGGUAUUCUGAUGCUCCAGGGGAGCUCGAUCAACAAUUAAGUGGCUGGUUAAGGGAUGCAGGUUCAAAUGUUGGCUCGGCUAGAGCAAUAAUCUCACCGCAUGCUGGAUAUACUUACUGUGGAGAGACAGCUGCUUUCGCCUUCAAACAAAUUAUACCUGACAAAAUAAAAAGAAUUUUUGUCCUUGGUCCUUCUCAUGUUGUGGCACUCGCAGUCAGUGAACAACUUAUCAACUCUCACGGUUCUGACGCAUUUGAAUGGAUGUCGACGAGAAAUGAGGAAGCUGAACAUAGUUUGGAAAUGCAAAUGCCGUUUAUUGCUAAAAUUAUGGAAAGCCGCCCCCUCGGAAGCUUCAAAAUUGUGCCAAUACUUGUAGGCUCAUUAAGUACUACACGCCAACAAUUUUAUGGACGUAUUUUUGCCAAUUAUCUUGCUGAUCCAACGAAUUUAUUUGUUAUUUCUUCUGAUUUUUGUCAUUGGGGACAACGUUUUCGUUAUACCCCAACUGAAUCGGCAGGUGCUCGACCAAUUUACGAACAAAUUACAACACUUGAUAAACAGGGAAUGGAUGCAAUUUCAACUUUGGACCCUUCAAUGUUUAAUGAAUACCUCAAAAAAACUCAAAAUACAAUUUGUGGUCGUAAUCCAAUUUGUGUUUUAUUACAGGCCUUUAAUCAUUAUCAACAAACAAAUAAUGUGACAGCAGAACUUCGAUUUUUGAAAUAUGCUCAAUCAAAUAAGGUUCGCUCAUUAACUGAUUCAUCAGUUUCAUAUGCCGCAGGUGCCCUUUUUAUUAAUCCGCGCAACUGA